UCAUAACAGCGUCUUUUAGGUGCUGCACCAGCACCAUCGACUAUAUUUCUACGUGAAAAGAAUGUAAAGCGAUUGAAAACGAUAAAAAAUUUUGUUAUGGACCACUUUUCACGCCUCCGUCGUUCGUGCUGAUGUAAUCAAUUGUGGUGUCUAAUUUAUUAAUAAUAGUGUUGUUUGUGCUGUUGUGUGGUGAAUGGUGAUCCCAUUACUCAGUCUAGCUGGAAAAUAUUGUGAUGAUUACAUAUUUUUAUAACCGAUUUCGGAUUUUCAUCCGCGCUUAUCUGUGCCAUUGAAGGCUGUCAGACGCGAGACAGUACGACCUGAAAAGCUAUGAUAUCCUUACGUAAUUGAUAAUUCAUAAUCACUGUCUCGCGAUCAGAAGAAUUUUGGCUGGACAAAACAAGCCCUCUGUGUGGAGCAGAUAAAGCGUCGCCUCUGUUGAUAGCAACGAGGGGAACAACAAGUGGGUGUGCUGUGUGCGCGAUCAGCUGGGAGGAGAGCAGCUGGACUGGCAUGACGCUAGCUCGGUUAGGCAGUGUGUGUCCUCACUGUGGUUGUCCCCGGAGCAGGUCGUGAGCGGGAGAAUGGUGCUGGCCGAUGGUGGCCGUCCGCACGCAGUCUCCAGUGGGAGCGCGCGGGCUUCGGCCAAGGAGCAGCUGCAGCACUGCUGGGUCCUGUAUUCCAUGCAGGGGGAGAGUCGAGCAGCGCUACAGAACUGUCUGGACAUCUUUCUGGAAUUAUACGGGCGCUACUUGGAGGGUUGCGAUGGCGGCGGGGAGCCGUUGUCUUCCAGUUCUUCCUCACAAAGGCACUCGUCCAGCCCUCCUGACACUAACGGUCGUGAUGGGCAGUAUCCCCCGAAAGAUGACACGUCCGCCUUCCUCGCCCCCAGGGAUCCUGGGGCCGGCGAUACCAGAGACAACCCAGUGAGCGUGGCUUCCCUGCGUCGGCAAGAGUCGGUGCCGACGGAAGCCAAUCUGAGUGGUCCGCACCUGUCCAGCCUGCCGGACGGCUUCCUGGCGGCACUGGCCCGCGCCCUGCACCGCUGCGUGGACUUCCUGUACGACAAGCCCCUCAGCGCACUGCCCCUGAACUCCGCUGCCAUCAACACCCAGAUCACAGGCGACAGCCAGUUCGCCGUGCAGUUGUUGCAGGCACUGGUCAUCUUCAGCCGCAACGUGGACAACCUGGCCCAGCUGGCCAACUCCACCGCCGUUGUCGACUGCAUCGAUCUGGCGCUAACAUUUCUGACGGCGGCGGUAGAUGAUACGCCCAAGGCUCAAUCUGUGGAUGCGAUUCUAGCGCUGACCAAAGAGUAUAUACGCAUUGUCUAUUACUUCUGCCAGUGCCUUUAUGAUCCGUACUCGUUGUGGAACGUUCUGGUCAACAGGUGUGCUCCUAAUGCGGAAGCGGUCAUUGUCCGCCCACCUGCCAUGCAUCCAUUACUCCCUAAACUCAUAUCUACGGGUUUGGACCGCAGCGUCCAGUCGGAUGAUUUCGGAUUAUUGCGGUGCUCGUUGGACACUCUGGGAGCCGUGCUCGUCGGUUCGAAGAACAACGGAGUACGUAUCACCUCUGAGGGGUUGGUCAGCAACCUAUUCGCUUUAGUGAGACGGAAGGCUGCUUGGAGCGAUGCAGAGCGCAUCCAGAUCACGCGGCGGAUCCUGAGCUGUAUCUCCGUUAUUGUCCAUAAUCUGCACGAAGCCGAUCCCGAUCUGCGACAAGUCGAAGUCGUUACCGUCUUCUCGCAGUUUUUGCAGACGCUGCGAUCCCUGGCCGUCCAUGACGACGAGAGUGUUCAAACAAAAAUUGAAAUGCUGGGUUGUGUCCAUGACAUUCUGGCUUAUUACGAUCGAUCUGCGCUGCAAGCCAUGUUUAUCGGUGUGGGUAUUUUUGAACAGCUGAUUCAAAUAACCCAGCAGGGCGCCGACGUGGUGGACAUUAAAGGUGGUAUGCUGCAAGCUGUUACCGCUGUUCGCGCCCUGGGAGCCAUCCUGCGCGGCUCGGCCAAAUGCAAAGAACUUUUUGUGGAGCGCAUUGGUUACAGGAUGCUGUUGGACGUUUUGAAGACGAUAUGCGAGCCCAGCGCCGAUUUCGUAGACGCUUUGCUGGAGCUGGUGGUGGAAAGCGAAGAGAAGGAUUCCGCCUACCUGAUUGUGGCCAACCCUCAGGCGGCUGUCAUGCUGCUCGACUAUGCCGCUGUGUUGCGCUCUCCCUCCUUCCAGCUACUAAUCAUCGCGCGCAUCUCGGAGCUGUUGAAGAAGCGCAUGCACAGUCGCAUCCAGUGCGCCGCUUUUGGCAUGCUGGAUGCCAUUCUGCAUCUCUUUCGGGCAUGCAAUCGUCUGCCGGCGGAUGUCGCUGACAGUCUGGUGAAGUUAUUUGAAAUUCUGGCGGCCCAUUCCAUCGAACCUGGUGAACUGAAGGAGCUGUUGUCGUUACUGAAGAAGGACGACGAGGGCGUUCAGCCCAGCUACAUUCUCCGCUUGAUGCAUUCCUUGUCUGUGAUAGCGUGCAAUACGUCUACAAAGAGCCCUUUCCGCUAUUUUGAUAUACAAGGAGAUUACGAUGGGAUUACUGUGCCUUCCAUGCGGAAGAAAUGGGCCGGUCCGGGGUUCACUUUCCAUGCCUGGGUGUGUCUGGACGAUAAUCCCCUAUCCACAUCCGUCUCGGCGGAUAAUGCGUUCAUGCGCCGGAUUCUCUAUAGCAUCACUAAUAACAGUGGCGGCGGAUUUGAGGCCUUUUUUACUUACGACUGCGUGCUGGUCGUGGCUGUGAUUCAUAAAAAGGAAUACAUCGCUCUGAGCUUAACUGACCAUCCGUUGCGGGAUCUACGAUGGCACUGUCUCGAUAUCAUCCAUGCUCCGCCGCGGCGUCCCUUCGGCAGCAGUACCAUGGCCGUAUAUAUGGACGGUCGCCUGGUGCACACCACUAACAUGAAGAUGCCCUCGCUCAGCGAGUCCUUCACCUUUUUCCGCAUCGGGGCGGCGCCGCUGCGCAUGUCGAAACAGCCGGAUGUUCUGUCCCACAUCACCGCGCCCGGCCAGAGCCCCAAACUGCCCUCCUCGCCCAUGUCCCCGCGUCUGCCGGUGCAUGAGCUCAUCACUGUGCAGUGCGGCACUCAAGAUCACAUUUUUGGCAUACCCGUGUCGCUCAAGGGCCAACUAAACUCCAUCUGCAUUUUCCAUGAUGCCAUCCUCCCGGUGGAAGCCAAAGAGCUCUUCGAUCGGGGGCCGAACAUUGUGUUUCCUUCGGAUGACAGCAGCGAUCUGGCCAAUAAACUCUUUCUGUACUACCACAGCAAUGGCUGUCAGCGCAAACACUGCAUCGACCUGUCGCCGGGGCGACAGCACGAUGGCACUUUCACCGGGACGGUGUCAACAGCCUGGAGUUUGGCCAAUAGUCUGUGCUGUGUUGGCGGUCUUCCUGCCCUCCUUCCUAUCCUGGAGCAGGCCAAUUUUCCCAUUCGUGGUCAUGUUCCAGCAGUCGACAGUAGUGCCGAGAUAUCUAUGCUUCCUCGGCCGAUCGGUACCAUCUACCAAGUGGAUUCGGUGGACAGCCAGAAAGAUGAUUGGGUCGUCAUCCAAAAGUGCACCCCCGAAGUGGGCGUGGAGAGUAACCCGGUGGCCGCCUUCCUGGACUUGGUGCGGAAGAUCCUGACGCGCAACGCAGAGCUGCAGGAUGAUGCGCUGCAGUCGCAGAGCGUGGCCAUCUUGGGUCAUCUCUUGACCAAGGUGGAGCCGCGUUUUCUGGAUGUGGGAGUGUUGUUCGCCGUGCAGCUACUGGUGGAGUCCGGUCAGUCCAGUCACAGUUGGGCGGAGGUGCUCAGUGAGAUAUAUCAGCACAUUCUUUUUGAUUUCCGCAUCUGGAUUAAAGCGGACUUCACCGUUCGUCUCGGUCAUCUCCAGUACAUCAGGAAGAUGGUGAAGGAUGACAAGAAAGUCUUUCGUAAGAAACUGGGCGUACAGUUCUUCCUGGACACACUGCGGAUGUAUUACGCGACCAACGCUUCCACCGCCGUGCUGUCGGUCGAGGAAACGGAGAUUUUGCGGCAGCACACACUGGGCAUCGUCCAGGAGUUCAUCUGUCAGAACAUCAACGUCCAUGAAGUGGCUGCACUUAUUCGCUUCUUGCUGGUGAUCAAGGAUGAAAAGACAGUGGAUGAUACAUUACAGCUGCUGUUAACGGUGCUGGAGAACCACAACAAGAGCGACCAAAUCUAUCUCCUGCUCUUUGAGCCGGGCGCCGCUGAUGCUCUGCUGUGUCUGUUGUUGAAGCGCCACCGGGAGCUGCCGGCGGAGACCAAAAGCAAGAUUGUUGCUAUUGUCAGUCAUUUGUUACGCUCUUCUAAGGUGUACGAGAAGAGUAAGAAUCGACUGCGGAUGCUGGAUGUGGAGAUGGGUGGACUGCUGCUGCUGAUGCCCAGUGAGCUGCCCACCGAUUUUGCCCGAUUAUAUUUGGAACAGUAUUUCUCCGGAAACUUAGAACACCCCGCCAAGUAUGCCUGCAUCAUCGCUAUCUUCAACAAACUCCAUCACGCCACCUUACCUCUGAAGGCGGAAUUCGCUCGUAAAUUUUUGUACGCUAUCUAUAUGAAGCCGGGCGCUGCAAUGCAGAUUGCCAGCCAAGCUGGUUGGUACCACUCCCUGGCCGGCUUGUUGGUAGAGACACCCAUGCUGGCCAGCCCAUCGUCCACGCACGGAGGCCAAGUAACGCGGGGCAGUACUCACGGUGGCACCAUCAGUGAUUUGAUCGACUUGAAAUCACCUGACGAAGAAGAGAACGUCUUUUUGGAAGACUUUGUCGACGGUACGACAAUCAUGCCAAACGACGAUAAAGUCAGCGUCAUCGCGGCCAGUGAAGUGGCCAGCUCCGAGGACGCUGACCGCAGCUCCGUCAGCUCGGCAUCGGCUCUCCGUGCACCCCGCAGCGACGUGCAGUCAGUAUACAGUGAUUCAGCAUCCACCUCGCCGUCGGUCAACAGCGGCUGGACGCCGAGUCAUGGAUCUGUGUCCCUGUCGGACGCUCUGCAUUCGCAACGGGACUCAUUUGCCUUCUUGGACGACACUUUCGCCACAGACCAUCUGUCGCGGCCGGAGUCGGCGGUGGAUGAACUGUGCACGGUGGUGCUGAACAUCCUUUCGACCGUGAUGUGGCAAGGCAUCGAGGGAUCGUCCAGCAGCAACAUGUGGGGAGCGCGGGCGCAGGUCCUGCUUAGUUUGGAUAUGCUGGCGUUGAACAACCAUCUGUUUAAGAAACCUGAAGAGCUUAAACGCCGUCUUUAUGAGAUGGCACUUCAAGUAGUGAUCUCGGAUCUGAAGAAAGAACCAUCGAAAGUUGCUAAUAUCGAGAAUGCCGAGCUGGUCAUCCGUCUCAUCCAUGACUUUAUCACGGCCCCUGAUCUGCACACCAAUCUGGAAGUGAAACUGUCCGAUAAGUUGUUAGAAGACUUCUCGUCGCUGCUGGACAGCAUCCGCGUGUGGGAAGGCGAGAGUGCCGACGGCUGGUCGGAGACUCUGCAGAUGGGCAUGGCCGUACUUUUAACAGUUGUGCGCUGUCCGGACGUCAAGUACUGCAGCAUCGUGAUCCCUAAACUGCACUACGCCAUUCAGUGCCGCCUCAACUGCUCCCGCCGUGAAGUUUGCUAUAUUCUCGCGGCGCUAAACGAGACUCUGCUGAUGUCUAUUGAUAUGAGCAAUCAGGAGCACUUCUCCUUUGUCAUUCCCGUGUUGCGAUUGAUUCUGGAAAAAUGGGCAGCGGUGUUAAGUACGGCGCGCUAUCUAACCAACCUUCCGAUGCCGGCUUUUAAUGCGUCACAGCACAACUUUGUCGUCCUCCAAAAGUACUUCCGCUCUACGGAGUGGGGCGGUUUUAUAAGUAACACGGUACAGCCGUUGGCCAAUGAUUACCAAAACAGUGUCUGCAAAGUGCGAAAGGAAAAGAUGGGUGAAUUCUGGAAUGAAGCACACGAUGCGGCCAUGGCGCAGCUGCACAUGCGGAACAAAGCCUACGGCGAAAGCAAAUUGAAGUUCCAGCAGGAAUAUGCUGAACCGGUGCGGAAGAAGGUGAAGGAGGAGAACUACCGGUUCAGCUGCGUUCAGCAGGACGCCCGAGGCGAAACGACACGCAUUUGCCGCAAAUGGGAGGAGCUGAAACGGUAUCUUUUCCGGGAGCGCGGACCGUGGCGGGAAGGAAACUCGAUGGAGGUGCCACUGCGUAUGUCGCACUACGAGAACUGGAUGCGUAUGCGGCUGAAACUAGUGGAGAAUCUGCACUUUGAUGCCCAUACUGAAGCCAGCAAUCUGCGCGACAACACGGCACCGCCGGCAGUGGCAACGGUGGACGAAACGUUUCUUGCACACAUCGGCGCUGCCAAGGAGGCCAAGUCGACUGAGCAGCUCAUGGAGGAGAGCUUCUUGGAUGAGACCGACGAAUCGGAGAGCAGCGUGACGGGCCGGGCGCCCGCCCUGGUCGGAAGUGUGGCUGUUGCGGCAGAGAAAGGCGACACCGUCCAGCGCGAGAAAUCGGUGCUGCAGGAGAAUUGCGAUCUCAUCACUGUGACCGAGAACGUCCAGGGCCGUUUCGAGCUGACCACGCAGCGAAUCAAGUUCCACGCCAUGAAUCCCGCCUAUGAUUCUGCCACGGGAGAGGGCUAUAGUUUCGAGAUUUCCUUGACCUCAUUGCGUGAAAUGCAUGUACGCCGCUACAAUCUGCGCCGUAGCGCCAUAGAAUUAUUUCUUGUGGACCAAACCAACUACUUCCUUAAUUUUACUUUGAGCACACGAAAUGAAGUGUACAAAAAGGUCAUCGGUUUGAAGCCCUCUGGAUUGAUGCAGCUCAAAUACUCCACGCCGGCUGCUUUGUUCAAAGCCUCGGGCGUUAUGCAGAAAUGGGUGCAGCGGGAGAUGAGCAAUCUGGAAUACCUGAUGGCGUUAAAUACCAUCGCUGGCCGCACUUACAAUGAUCUCAGCCAAUACCCGGUGUUCCCGUGGGUGCUGCGUGAUUACACCAGCGCCCAACUGGACCUCCACAAUCCCGAUACAUUCCGCGAUUUUUCCCGUCCCAUGGGUAUACAGAAUCCGCGCAGUAUUCCCGAAGUCCGGCAUAAAUACGACAAUUUUGAAGAUCCCAGCGGAACAAUUGAACCGUUUCAUUACGGACAGCAUUACAGCAAUCCGGCCAGUGUCAUACAUUAUUUACUACGUCUGGAGCCCUUUACCACUCUGCAUAUUCAGCUACAAAGCGGUCGUUUCGACGUGGCAGACCGGCAAUUCCACUCCAUCGCCGGCACCUGGGAUCUCCUUUGGAAUAAUCCCAACGAUGUGAAGGAGCUCAUUCCUGAAUUCUUCUACUUGCCUGAAUUUCUCGUCAACAUGAACGAUUUCGAUCUGGGCUGUCUGCAGCAAAGCAAAGAGCGCGUUAGCGACGUGUUGCUGCCGCGCUGGGCCAGCAGCGCUGAAGAGUUUAUUCACCUGCACCGGGCGGCGUUGGAGAGUGAGUACGUGUCGGCGCACCUCCACGAAUGGAUCGACCUGAUCUUCGGCUGCAAACAGCGCGGCCAGGCGGCCGUAGAGGCACUUAACGUCUUCUAUUACUGCACCUAUGAGGGCGCCGUCGAUCUUGACGCCAUCGUUGAUCCCCUUGAGCGGCAAGCAACCGAGGGCAUGAUCAAUAAUUUCGGCCAGACGCCCUGCCAGCUGCUGCGCGAACCCCAUCCCCGUCGCUUGACGCUGGAGGAAGCCACGCGUCGCUUUGUCGGUCUGGAGACGCCGGGAAGACUGCUCAAUGCUUUCCAUUACACGACGUAUCUCAAAGCCUUCGUCGUUGAGGCCAACGCGGAGGAUGACCCGCUGGUCUUUGUGGCUGUUCCGAAAAUCCAAACCCGUAAUUUGCUACAGCAAGGUAUGAAGAGCGACCUCAUCACGAUCGGCGGCACCGGUGCACUGGGCCUGCACGUGUGGACGCCGUAUGACCGAAACUCACCAAAGAAUAUGGCUUUCGAGCGGGAUCCGACCUUGGUCGCCUCAAGAUACACUCGCAGCGUCGCUGGGCCCUUCCACCCCAGUCUCACCGUCACCUGUAACCUGUUCGCCGUUACGGCCGACUGUAAGUUGUUAUUCUACGGCGGCAGCUGGGACAACAGUCUGCGCGUGUUCAAUCUGAGCAAAGGCAAGACAACGGCACAAGCCGUCCACCAUCGCGACCUGGUGACUUGUCUGGCCCUGGACAGUUUGGGUCUGCAUCUGGUUACCGGCUCGCGCGACUGCACAUGCGCUGUGUGGGAGGUAUUACAGCAGGGCGGGCAGGCUUCAGGGCUCAACGGGAAGCCGUUGGUCAGUCUGUACGGGCACGAUGAGGAGGUUGCCUGUGUUGCGCUCAGCGUGGAGCUCGACAUGGUGGCAAGUGGGGCGCGCGAUGCCACGAUUAUCCUCCACACGCUCAAGCACGGGUUGUUUGUGCGGACUCUGCGUCCGGGGCGCGGGGUGCCUAUCAGCGUCAGGAACGUGGUGAGCCAGCUGAUCAUCACGUACGAUGGGAAGGUGGUGGCGGGUUGCUUCUUCCCCGAGUGUAGAGAGGCCAAGCACAGCAUACAAGUGUACUCGAUUAAUGGCAAACACCUUCACACGGCGGCGGUCGGUGCUGCCGUGACGGGGAUGGCCGUGGCCGACGACUACAUUGUCACCGGGGACGCUGAGGGGCGGCUGGAGAUCCGCGAGUGCUUUCGGUUACGCACGGUGUACAGCAUGCAGGUGUCCAGCGGCGUCAGCUGCAUCAGUAUCCCGCGCUCCAGCAGCCACAUCUUCGCCGGCUUGAACGACGGCAAACUCAUCAUCGUGACCGUUGCACCUAACGUCCUGGAACUCAUGCAGCAGCGGGACGCCUUUGGUGACCGAUGAACUAGACAGAUCAUAUAACGAGCAAAAGUGUGAUGACAGUGGACGUGGUCUUUCUAACUCCCCGCUUGACGACAGCGAAAUGUCGCUGCCCAAGCGAAGAGCGCGAUUCCGCCCGCAGAGAUGGCUAUAUCGAAACGAAUUACUGAUCUGACUGAGCAGUAGCACAUGUCGAUGCCGAAGAGCAAUAGUCGGUGCUUGGCUGCCUUCUUUCCGUCGAGGACCACCGCAUGUUGCCGCAUUCCUUUCAUACGACCAUGCUUUCAUUCUCCUGUCUCUUUUAAUUUGUCGUUUUGUCCCGCACUGUUCUCUGUUGUUUUGUGCCUGUGUUAGUCACUGCAGAUGCUCACUUAAAUGGUGGCAGCUACCUUCUCUUUUACAGAGUUUUUCCCACAGUUUGCAUGUAAAUUAUUCUUUACGAUAAACAACAAAAUUAUUAUUUACCAGUGUCAGUGUUUGACUCAAGCUCAGCUGCACACAUCACUAUUGAACGGAUUAUGAAUAAUUGGACGCU